CGUCCGCCGAGCGGGGAUGACCCUGUCGGGAGGCGGCAGUGCCAGCGACAUGUCCGGACCCACCGUUCCGGCGGCCGAGGAUGUGGAUAUCGACGUGGUGGGCGAAGGCGACGACGGGCUGGGCAAGGACAGCGACGGCGAGGCCAGUAGCCCCGCCGCCCUCCCGCGCUUGCCGCUGGACGAGGCGGCGGAGCUGGGGCUGUCCGCGGAGGCGGGAGCGGGCACGGAGAGCGGCAGCAGCGGCAGCGGCAGUCCAGCCGAGGCGGGCCCCGGCGGUGCGGUUGAGGGUGGCAAGGGGGGCGGCGAGGAAGGGGCGAGCGGCGGCGGCGGCGGCGGGGCGGCGGCGGGGCAGAACAAACCCAAGAGCAGCUUGGUGAAGCCGCCCUACUCCUACAUUGCCCUCAUUACCAUGGCCAUCCUGCAGAGUCCGCAGAAGAAGCUGACGCUCAGCGGCAUCUGCGAGUUCAUCAGCAACCGCUUCCCUUACUACCGGGAGAAGUUCCCCGCCUGGCAGAACAGCAUCCGCCACAACCUCUCCCUCAACGACUGCUUCGUCAAAAUCCCCCGGGAGCCCGGUAACCCCGGCAAGGGCAACUACUGGACGCUGGACCCGCAGUCUGAGGACAUGUUCGACAACGGCAGCUUCCUCCGACGGAGGAAGCGCUUCAAACGGCACCAGCAGGAGCACCUGCGGGACCAGACGGCGCUGAUGAUGCAGGGUUUCGGUGCCUACGGCCUCGCCGGCCCCUACGGCCGCCCCUACGGGCUGCAUCCCGGCGCCUACACGCACCCCGCGGCGGCGGCGGCCGCACUGCAGUACCCCUACAUCCCCCCGGUGGGACCCAUGCUUCCGCCGGCCGUGCCGCUCCUGCCGUCCAGCGAGCUCAGCCGCAAAGCCUUCAACUCCCAGCUCAGCCCCAGUCUGCAGCUGCAGCUCAACAGCCUGGGAGCCGCCGGCUCCAUCGUUAAGUCGGAGCCCAGCAGCCGCCCUUCCUUCAGCAUCGAAAACAUCAUCGGCGUCCCGGCUGCCAGCUCGGCUGCCAGCGCCCAGACUUUCCUGCGACCUCCUGUCACCGUGCAGUCGGCCCUAAUGGCCCACCAGCCGCUGGCGCUGGCCAGGACCACCGCCGCCAUCGCCCCUAUCCUCAGCGUGCCUACCAACAUCAUUGCAGGGCAAUUCCUGCAGCCUGCAGCCCCCGCCGCAGCCGCCGUGCAGGCCAAGUGGCCGGCGCAGUAGCCCCCUCCCCAACCCUGGAGCAAGUAGCCCCCUCUGGGGAGAGGCUGCAAGCCCCGCCGCCGCCGGCCGCCCCCUCGGAGGGGCUCCGGGCUCCAGCAGGCAGCGGUUCCCCCCUCACCCUACCCUGCCAGCGCCGCUUGUACAUAUUUGUAUUAAAAAUUACUGACGUUGCUUUCGGGGUUUUUAUUUUUCUAAAGAGGCGAAAUGACGGUGACGAUUAGGAGCCGCGAACUUUCUCUUUUUUUGAAGGUUCCGGCGCUCCUUGUGGGUUUUAUCCAAAACAAAAGAACAAAUGAAAUGAAAUUAAAAUGUAUAAAAAGAAUUAAGAAUAAUAACCGGGGGAAAUUUUAAAUAUUAAACGAAAGGGAAAAGAAAAAGAAUUUUUGAGAAAAAAAACCCAUGCAAAAACAAAGGCGGUAAACGCUGUUGUUCUAUUAUAGAAGUCUGUUUAUAUAUGGAUGGAUAUAUGUAUUCUAAAUGUUAUCCCUUCGUGUUGUACACAACUUUGUAAAUAAAUUUUUAAACCGCU